AAAAGGUCUUUCCAAAAUUUUACCGAACACUUGAAGUGCAUAAUUACAAAGGAAGAUAUGGACCCCUCGCCUGCCUUGCCUGCCUUAAAAGCUCCUUCUCGUGUUCCCACUUCCCACCCAGAACAGAAGAGGGCCACCACCCUUCAGUUUAGUAGAGUUUAGUGCUCCUCACCUUCUGCAACUUUCUUUUUAAGUCUGUCUCUCUCUAGCUCUCUUAUGUUAUUGCACACGCUCGUAUUCCUUUCCAAUCGAUAUACAAAAGGGUCAUCAAUCGCUACAACCAUCAAAUCUGCCAAAACAAUCAGAUGGGUCGUCUAGAACCACUCUCUGAAGAACCAAUCAAUGAAGACGACACAAAGAGCAGCUCAAGGAAAGGUCAGGCAUGGCGAAAUUGGCUCAAGAACCCUUUCCCACUCCUCUUCAACAAGAAGUCCGAUCUCAAGAUCCUUUUGAGUGUUCUGGGUUGCCCUCUCUCCCCUGUCUCUGUUCCCCCAACACAAUCCAUCAAAGACGUGGAAUCGUCGGCACAAUAUAUAAUCCAGCACUUCACUGCGGCGACUGGUUGUAGGAAAAUAGAGGGGACAGUGAAGAGCAUCUAUAUAGUAGGGAAAGUGAAGAUGGCGAUGGUAGAGGAGCUUGCAUCUCCCUCACAUGUCGCUGCAACUCCAGCUACUGGAGUUUCACAGAGGGGAUGCUUCGUGGUCUGGCAAAUGUUUCCAGAUAAGUGGCUGGUAGAGCUGGUCGUUGGUGGCCACAAAGUCGUCGCCGGCAGUGACGGCAAUGUGGCCUGGAGACACACUCCUUGGCUCGGCGCUCACACUGCCAAAGGCGGCGUUCGCCCUCUCCGCCGUGCACUUCAGGGACUUGAUCCUUUAACAAUGGCAGCUUUGUUCUCUACUGCCCAGUACAUGGGGGAGAAGCCAAUGGCUGGAGAAGAUUGUUUCAUGUUGAAAUUGGCUGCUGAUGAUGUUGCCUUGGCUGAGAGGAGUGAUAGCACAGCAGAGAUCAUCAAACAUGUUAUCUUUGGUUACUUCAGCCAAAGAAGUGGUUUGCUUGUGUAUCUAGAGGACUCUUACUUGACAAGGAUUCAGUCACCAGGUUCACAACCUACUUAUUGGGAGACCACAAUGGGAUCAAGAAUGGAAGAUUAUAGAGCUGUGGAUGGUGUGAUGAUAGCUCACUCAGGUCACUCCACUGUAAGCUUAGUAAGGUUUGGAAACAAUGUGAAGGGUCCUAUAAUUACAAGGCUAGAAGAGACAUGGACAAUCGACGAUGUCGUCUUUAAUGUACAUGGUCUCUCCAUGGAUUGUUUCAUCCCACCGGAAGAAGUCCGGCAAGGCUAUCCAAAGGAGAAGCUUGAUUGGAAAUCGCCAUUACAUCGGUGUUGACAAGCAUCAUCUGCUCACAUUCCUACAACUCCAAUCUGAUAUUAAGAGUUUCAGAAACAAAGAAACCAAUUGGAAGAGGAUUAACCCUCCAAUUAAUUCUGUGUAAAUAUUCAAUAAGUGAUCAUACAAUCUUUGUUUUCAUCUUCCUUCCUGUGAAUCUCUGUAGUGCUCUUAUGUAUAUGUCCUUUUGACUCUUUUGAAGUCUCAA